AUGCCAUCCGGAAGCUCAGAGGCAGGUUCAAAACCGAAACCAUUUUCCAUCGCGCUAUCCAGUGACUCUUCUCGACGGUCAACGCCCACCCCGUCAUCCCAAAAGCCAGCACCAUUUGGUACAAGAAACCUCUCUAGCAGGACCCGGAAAUUCGGCGACCAUGAUUCAGGCAGCGAAGAUGAAGCAGAGCCAGUCCCUGAAGAAGUAACGGGCUUCGACCACCAGGCGGGCGGCGCAAUAAUUACCAAUAAACGAGUCAAGACAGAGAAACAACCGUUAAUCAUUAAAGUCGAGACACGGAAUAAGUGGAGGGAUAAACUACAGGCGCAGACACAAACUGCACGCAGAAGCUUGCUACCGGCCGAAGUACAAGCUCAGAGACAGAGGGAGGCGAACGGGACAACAGACUCAACGACAGAAGUUGAGGCGCCAGAAGUGAAAUUUGGCUUGAGCUAUGCGGAACCUAGUAGUGAUGUGGUUACAGGGCCUGCACCACAAGGGCAUUCAGGGAAUGGCGAAAAUGGAGAGCAUACAGUCGAGCAAGUAUCGACGACAGCAGAAGGAUCGGAGGUGAAGCCACUAUCGCAGGACGAGGUUGCUUUACAAGCUCUCAUCCGUGAGAGCAAGGGUGAACAAGCCGAAUCCAAACGCUCAGAUCUUGUCAUCACUGCUCGACCCAAGGAUAGAAAACCAUCUUCUGCCUACGACGAAACCAAGUCCUUCCGUCGAGAUAUAGAUUCCCGUCCUGCUCCAGCCAGUCUAAGUGCCUACAACGCCGUGCCAGUUGAAGAGUUUGGAGCAGCGUUACUGCGUGGUAUGGGGUGGAAAGAGGGCCAACCUGUCGGCAGAGGAAACUAUGGUGAUACAGAGCUUACACCACGCGUCCCUGAACGAAGAGCAGGAUACCAUGGUAUCGGCGCGAAAGAUAUUUCUGGAAAAGGCGGAGAUGCCGAAGUCGAGCUAGGUGCUUGGGGGAAAGCCGCAAUGAGAAAAGCGAGGAAUGAUGGCGAAGGCCUCUAUACACCUGUUCUUAUGAAGAGCAAAAAGACCGGAGAGCUCAUUACUGAAGAUGAAUUUAAGGAUCUAUCUACCAAGGCAAAGGAGAAGGAGGGUGCUGAUGAUUGGAGAGAAAGACGAGACCGUAAUUUACUUAAAAGCGGUCGGGAUACGGAGAAGGAUCGUGAUAGACGACGCGAUUUUGACAGAGAUGAUUACGAUGAUGAUCAGUCGUCCCGAGAUUAUCGUCGUAGAACUGAAAGCGGCUCUUCAACUGAUCGAGAUAGGGACAGGGACAGGGGCAAAGAUAGGGACAGGCCUCGCAAAAGACACUAUGACGAUAGGCUGGACCGAGACAGUGACAGGGAGAAGGACCGGAGCAGUAGCCGUCAUCAUCGAGAUCGAGAUCGACACAGGGACCGAGAGCAUAAAUCAACGCGGGAUAGGGAGGAUGAUCGAAGUAGGGGUUCUGACAGCGGCAGAGAUAGAACUCGGGAUAGGGAUAGGGAUAGGGAUAGGGAUCAAGAUCGAGACAGGAGGAGAGAUUAUGAAAGGAGUAACAGAUGA